AUGAAAACUAUCAAUGCAUUUAAUGAUCAACAUCAACCAAAACGUAUUUGUUAUUUAUUGAUUGAAAAUCAACAAAAUCAUUUAAUACCUAUUGAUCAAUUAAAAUAUUCAUUAUGUACACAUUGGAUAUUUUCGUUUGCUCACCUGGAUGAUUAUAAUGUUAAUGUUUCCACAUUGAUGGAUGAUUAUAUACGUAAAGUUAUGUCAUCAACUAAUAAUCAAACGGAACAAUAUUAUCUAAUAUCGAUAGGUACAACGGAUAUGUCGUUUGUUGAUAACCCAAAGAAAAUUGAAAAAUUUAUUGAUUCAAUCAUCCAAUUAAUGGAUCGAUUUUAUUUGGAUGGAUUCGAUUUAGAUUGGGAAUUUCCUAUGCAACGUAAACAUCAAUUUACACAUUUAUUACGAAUGAUUAGAUAUCGUUUUAAACAUAAAUUCAAUCAUCGUGGUAAACCAUACAUAUUGAGCGUGGCAUUAUCACCGGUUAUUUAUAUUGUUGAAACCAGUUAUGAUAUCCAUUCUAUUGGCCAUCUAGUGGAUUUUGUCAAUCUAAUGACAUAUGAUUUUCAUUCACCGAAUACAAUUCCAUAUACGAAUUUUAAUUCACCAUUAUAUGCAAAUCAAUUGGAUAGAUUAUAUUUUGAAUAUUUUAAUACAAAUUUUGCCGUUAAUUAUAUGAUACAAUUGGGAUUAUUGCCACAGAAAAUAAUGGUCGGAAUACCAUUCUAUGGUUAUAAAUAUUAUCUGGUUAAUAAAAAUUUUCAUAAUCUUUAUGCAUUAUCCAAUGGUACUGAAGUACCAGUAGCAUUCAAUGAAAUUUGCGAUGAUUUUCUUUUGGAUCCAAAUACAACCAUUGUUUUUGAUCAUUAUUCCAAAGUACCAUAUGCAUAUCGUGAAUAUGAAUGGAUUACAUAUGAUGAUUAUGAAAGUAUAACAAUAAAAGCACAAUGGAUUAUGGAUAAUCAUUUAGGUGGAUCAAUGACAUUUCCAUUAAAUUAUGAUGAUUAUAAUGGUGAAAAAUGUAUUAAUAAUAAACAACAACAACAACGACAACGACGACGAAGUAAACAUUAUCCACUUCAAUCCAUACUUUUUGAUAUAAUUAAUUGAAAACAAAAAAACUAAAA